AUGGAGGCCGACCAGUUGGCCGUCAGACUCGACGAUGUGAGGGCCAUCGCCGAUGCCACCUUUCGAUUGACCUUUAGCUUCACCAAAAACGACGGCAAGUUGAAAUCGGAGAUCCGGGCCGUUGCCAACGAAAUACAAGACAUCGCGGGCUUGUUGCAUCGACUUUCUCUGUUAGCAUCAGGACUUGAAGAGACUAAGGACCAUGAUUCGGACAUCAAUGCUGCCCCGCCCCCACUGGUCUCAUGUCGCACCACUUUAGAACAACUAGGGGGAUCGCUAAGGAGACGAACAAAUAGAUCGGACGACGACGGAUGCGAACAGAAAAGGUAUGCCGAUGUCAAGUGGCCAUUUACGAGGGCCUGGACAACAGAUCUCCUGAAUGAACUGAGUGAGCACAAGAAGACAAUUUCAGAAGGACUGAAUGGAGAAUCCAUCAAACAUCUGUUACAGUUACUAUCAAAAGGGAAGUCUGUGGCAACCAUACGUGACGAAGACUGGAUAUCCGAAGUUUUCACCGACUUUCUCCAAUCCUCUGGGUAUUUCCAAGGCAUCUAUAUGGUCCUCAAUACCUUUCUACGCGCCCGAGAAGAUUCAUACAUCAAGAUACAAGAUCGAUACAAACACUUUUCAAUACAGUCGAGCUUUUUCCAAGGAGAAGACUUCGAAAAUUGGCUUGAUAAGGGAGGAUCACACCUUCUCUUCACAGCUCCUCCGGGCGGGGGGAGAACCGCCUUCACCGGCGCACUAGCACGGGAAACCUUUCGGCGACGCCGUGCACGAACUGUUGUUGUACCCAUCUACUUUGAGCUUCUAAGUGGAUGGACCAGAUGGACCACGGAUAUGAACAUACUUGGCACCAUCGUUGCUCUGAUCGCGCGCCAGAAUCAGGGCGCGUUCGAAGUCUUACGCCGAUAUCGUCGCGACCUAAAUAUCCAACCGAGAUGGGCAACAAACGGAGCGAGCAUGGAAGGACUGAAAGGUGUUCUUUGGCAAAUGUCAACUUUCUUUGAACAUGUCUUGGUCAUUGUGGACUGCUCAAAGUCUGGCGGAGAUGGCAUCAUACCGAUGAUCGCCUCUUUGUUAAAGACUUCCAAAGAAUCCGCACCGAACUUUAGUUUGGCAGUGGUUUGUCAAGACCUCGAGUUUGUUCGGGAGUCUUUGGGCGAAUCCGUCACUAAAUGUGACAUUGCACCAUCCAUGGCCAUCUUGCAGGCUUUCGCUGCCACCGAGGUAGAAAGACGAGUCAGGACCGGGGCUCUGCGGUUCCAACGGACAGCAGUGAAGGAUGCUACGAUCCGCAAACUCAGCGUUGGUGACGACCAUGUCUUCUGGAAGAUCGCAUAUCAACUCGACCACCUCUGCUCCUUGCAGUCCCACUCUGAGCAGGUUGAGUUUCUGGAGAAGCUCCCAUGCUCGCUGCACGACACCUACCGCUUAACGCUGGAAGAAUUUCAAAAGCGGACGCCAGAAUCUCGAAGCUUGAUCCUCAGGGCUUUACAACUGACGAAAUGUUCGCGCCACAAACUGAGUGCCCAAGAGUUCUGCCAAGCCCUUUCAGUUUCAGGCAUUUCCGGGCUAGAUCCUGAGAUGUUGGAAUAUCCGGAGGUGGACGAAUCAGAGAUUCUGCGACAAUGCAGUCCUAUGAUCAUAAGAUCGCUGGAUGGCAACAAUCAGACAUACCCUUGGAGCACUGUCGGUGCUUUGGCCCUGAAGACCUCAGAAUGGGCUAGGAAUUCUGAAAUCUUCGCGAUUGUCGUUAGAGGAGGUGCUCAACUGCACGAUGACAUUAUCGCUGUGUUCAGGUCGAUCUGUCGCAAGUGGACAAAGCAUAAAGAUGCAGGAGCCAAGGAACUUAUUCAGGACAUCUUGGAAAUCUUAAACGGAAUGGUUGAAAAGAAAGAGGGCGAAUCGCUGGCUUAUCUCAAAGCUUUCCAGAAGGCGGUUUCGGAAACCACUGACAUCGACAUACCAUUGCCUGUCUCGCAAGGCAUCUCCGAUGACAUGCUUGUCCAACAGAUGUGGAAAUCAAUCGACGAUGACAACUUGAAAGCGAUCGAGGAUCAAUCUCAAAGUAACACAAGAAUUAAGGACCUCCUAAAAGGCGACAUCUUGAUGAAACUGCUCGACUUCGCUGCCGCAUGCUCAGCUGUCAACUGCUUGGACCACUUGCUCACAAAUUACAUGGCCGAAAACGGCUCAAAUGAUUGGAAAAGCAAAGCUGUGCUUUAUUGCGUCGAAGAUGGAAAGCAAGAAGUCCUCUUAUGCUUAUUGAAGGAUGGUGCUCAAACCAUGAGAGCCAAUGCGAGAGGAAGCACCAUCUGGCAUCUCGCAGCUGCUAAAGCUACCUCAACUGGAAUUCUCAAAAUCUUACUUGAAAACAGUGACGAGGAAGAACGAAAAGAUGCCUUGAGAAUGUUGAAUGAGAGUGGCCGUACCGUGCUUGCCAAAGCGCUAGUCAGCAAACAGUACUCAAACGCCUCUAUCAUCCUCAAAUACUGCAAAAAGGAUCGUGCGUGCCUCAAGAGCAGACAUCCAUCACUACCUCACCUUGUGGCGGGUAUUCAGGAUAGCGUCUUACUCAAGGAGUUGCAUGAUUGCGAAAUGUUCGAAUUUGUGGCUAAAGACACGCCUCUCAAUUACUUCCAUAUAGAAGAUUCAGCAGGUGUGGAAGCGACUCGCCAACUCCUCGAAAUAUUUCCCUACCCUUGUUCCGACCAGCCUCCAACACCCUUAAGGAUAUACCUGUCAAGAUCCGACUUGAACAUCUACAAGAAAGAACUUGUAGCACUUCUUGUCCAGAAAGAGCUGUCUGCCGCACCUAUCGUCAACGGUAUUCAUACCUGGCAGUGGUUCUGCAAAAGCGUGCAGGGUUAUUUCAGAAGAGCAUCAGAAGCUGAGGCCUGGGAAGUUGUCGAACUUGUGAAGCUCAUGGUCCAUCUCGGUUGCAUGGACGAUUAUGAAAAAGCUAGAGAAACAUCUGGGCUGGUAGAGAUCGUUCCUCUCUUUGAUGUCGACUCAAUGCCGAGGGCGUUUACACCUGACAACGACGCUGUACUUGCGACUGAAGAGAUAUUCGGCAUUGUUCAUGACACAACGACCUUACCUCAGUACUACAAAAGUAGUGGUAUGGAUAUCAAGGUCAUCAAGUGGACUAUUGCUCACAAUUCUUGGCACCUGUUUCGUCGUCUUAUCCACACGGAUAUUGAUGUUCAUAAAAGGGACGGGAGAGGAAACUUGUUAGAGUACGUGUGCUCUCACGGUACCGAAUUCAACGGUCAUAGGAUGCUCGCGAAUCUUUUAGAACGAGCUGAGAAAGAUCGUCUGAACGAGCUGAAUCCCGACGGAAACCUUGGUCUCUUACACCUACUAGGAAUGCCAUAUGGCAAGGAGGACUUAUCUUCAGAUAGUAGUCCCUUGUUCAGUCCUAGUUUUAUCCCGAUGGAGAACUUCAGUCAACCACAAGGUUCAGCUUGCCCAAUGCGUUUAGGGCCGGGGGGAUUCGCGGCAUUGAGGAUACCACGCGACAACCCAAAGUUUAGCAUACUCCAACGACUGCUUGACGAGCACAUGGAUCGCCAGCUUCUCAGCAAAAGGGGUAAUUUUUCAGCCUUGAGUACGCACAUAAGAUACUGUUAUCUUGACACGGCACGCCUUUUACUUUUACGCGGAUCACCAGAGACUCUCUCUACCUCUGACAAGUUUGGGUGGACUCCUGUAGCGUGGGCAUGCGCGCAUGGCUACACGGAUAUCAUCGACCAGAUGGCUGCAUCCUCCUGUUCUGAAUCUAUUUGGGACUUCCAGGUUGAGGUGGCAUUGGGUGUUGAAGCAGCUCCCUCAUUCACGAAGCCCUACCGUGGCCUCUGCGCUCUGCACCUUGCGGUACUUGCCUCGGCAAAGACUGUAUCGUUUCUGCUGAAUCACGGUUUUGCCUCAGACCUUGACAUCACUGAUGCACAAUUGCAUACCCCUUUACACUUUGCCACAAUGUUUGGGCAGCUGGAAACCAUCAAAGAACUUGUUUCUCGGGGGUCAAAUAUCAACGCUAAGGACUGCGACGGAUGGACCCCCUUGCACUUCGCAAUCCAUCUCGAGAAGAAAGACACUGUUGAGCUCCUUCUGGAGCUCAGCGCGGCCCAUAUGGAGACGAAGAAAGGAGAAACGCCGCUCGAUUUUGCUAUGCCCAAGGAAGAAUACUAUAUCAAACGAGUUCAAAGGUCCAUCCAACAAAACCUGAAGACUGGCGCAGAAAUUCACUGUGACAAGCAAUGGCUGGCCUCUCUCUCUCGGACCAUGGAAAAGACCAUCAUUGACGGCGAUACUAAAAUUUGUAGAAAGAUUCUUAAGGAAGGUUGCCCGGUGGACAUCAAGAUGAGAUCUUGCCAUACUUGCACAGCUCUCAUUUUCGCUUUGUCACGUAACGAGGUGUCUGCGAACAUCGUCGACACCCUGGUGGAACACGGAGCAAGUUUCCGUGGAACUACCUGUGCCCGCCAUACGUGCGGAAAUUUCAAGCGAUACGGUAUCCGCCAUUUCAGCGACUACACUUCAGACAACUCCUCAUCUUCCUCGUCCUCCUCAUCAUCUGAUAGUGAUGAUAACAAAAAGUACCGGCAGUAUGCCUGGCCAUCGUUUGGAUCUACCAGUCUUGACAUGCUCAUGUGGGAGGAUGAUUUGUUCGAGAAAAUUUCAACAUGGCUAUGCUCCGUUCCGGAAGAAGACAUGAUAUGGCUCAUUGACAAUUCCAUAGCCGUCCAUGUAGCUGUGGAUCGCGGCAGCCUCAAGGCUCUACAGGUUCUCUUAUCUCACGCUGCUAAGAUCGGUGAUGGUCUUCACAGAAACUUGGCUUAUGAGCUUGUGAACAGGACUGGAUGGCAUUCUGGGCCCUACGUAGCCUCGCCUCUUCAGGACGCAGUCGAUGCUUGCAACCUGGAGCUUGUCCGCCUUCUCCUCGAAUAUGGAGCAGAAGUUGACAAGAAAACCACAGCGAAGGGAACUGCCCUUCACCAAGCCGCAAAUCACGAAAGCAUCGAGCUUGCACAACUUCUUUUGGAGCACGGGGCCUCGCUUGCAUCCAGAGAUUAUAACCGUGGAUUCACCCCUCUGGAAGAAGCAGUUCAGUCUGGCAACACCGAAAUGGUGAACCUCUUUUUGGAUCGUGGGGCAUCUGCAUCCCUCUUCAAACGAUAG